AUGGCGGCCCGCCGCCUGAUACUUCUGCUCGCGGUCGCCGCGGCCGCUCUCUUCGCGGUCGCAAGCGGCGCCCGCGCGAGCAAGUCGGCGCAGUUCGACCUGUUCCGCCUGGGGUCGAGCUCCCUCGCCCAGCAGGCGUUCCACGACCGGUACCGGCUGUCCACCAUCGCCGCGCGCCUACGGCUAUCGGAGCGGCGGCGGACGCGCGAGACGGCGGCGGGGUCGCGGGCGGCGGCGUUCGCGAUGCCGCUGGGGUCGGGCGCGUACACGGGCAUCGGGCAGUACUUCGUGCGGUUCCGCGUGGGCACCCCCGCGCAGCCGUUCCUGCUGGUGGCCGACACCGGCAGCGACCUGACCUGGGUCAAGUGCCGCAACUCGUCGGCCUUGGCGGCGGCGGCGGGGACGGGGACGGGGCGCGCGUUCCGGCCGGAGAGGUCGAGGACGUGGGCGCCCAUCUCGUGCGCGUCGGACACCUGCGUCAAGUCGCUCCCCUUCUCCCUCGCCACCUGCCCCACGCCCGGCACCGCCUGCGCCUACGACUACCGGUACAAGGACGGUUCGGCGGCGCUGGGCACGGUGGGCACGGAGUCGGCGACGAUCGCGCUGUCGGGGCCGGCGGCGGCGCCGAGCAAGGCCAAGCUCAAGGGCCUCGUGCUGGGCUGCUCCACCUCCUACAGCGGGCCCAGCUUCGACGCCUCCGACGGCGUCCUCAGCCUCGGCUACAGCGACAUCUCCUUCGCCUCCCACGCCGCCUCACGCUUCGCCGGACGCUUCUCCUACUGCCUCGUCGACCACCUCGCCCCGCGCAACGCCACCAGCUACCUCACCUUCGGACCCAACCCCGCCGUCUCCUCCCGCACCUCCUCCUCCUCCUCAUGCCCGCGCGCCGCCAAGCCACGCGCGCGGGAGACGCCGCUGGUGCUCGACGCCCGGAUGCGACCCUUCUACGACGUCUCCAUCAAGGCCAUCUCCGUCAACGGCGAGUUCCUCAAAAUCCCGCGCGCCGUCUGGGACGUCGACGCGGGCGGCGGCGUUAUCCUCGACUCCGGCACCAGCCUCACCGUCCUCGCGAAACCCGCCUACCGCGCCGUGGUGGCCGCGCUGGACAAGAGGCUCGCGGGCCUGCCGAGGGUCAUCAUGGACCCCUUCGAGUACUGCUACAACUGGACCUCGCCCUCCACGGGCAGGGACGCUGACGUGGACCUGCCGAAGAUGGCCGUGCACUUCGCCGGCUCGGCCCGGCUGGAGCCGCCGGGGAAGAGCUACGUGAUCGACGCGGCGCCAGGGGUGAAGUGCAUCGGCGUGCAGGAGGGGCCCUGGCCCGGGAUCUCCGUCAUCGGCAACAUCCUGCAGCAGGAGCACCUGUGGGAGUUCGACCUCAAGAACCGGCGGCUCCGAUUCAAACGAUCACGGUGCACGCACUGAUCGAUUGCCGCGCGCGGCGGCGCCGAUCGUUCAAACAACCACUCGUUGUGUUUUUUUUUCAUUGUGGUGGUGGUGGUGGUCUCUCUGAAAUCUGAUUAUUGUUUGUUUUUGCCCCCUGUUCAGAUCUACACUAAUGCUGCAAUGAGAAAUGCGCCUUGCAGAAAUCAUAAGCUGUAAUCAGUCUUCCGUCCUUUUUUUUUCUCCAUUCAUCCAUGUGAUGUUCCAUUUUGGUGAAUAUGUAUAGUCCAGAGCUCCUUGUUAACUUGAU